CAGCAAAACGACUGCUUGCUGGGAUUGGGGAAUGUCUCAUGCCAAACGUAUCUACUGCUGUUCAUACCAGUACCAUUCUUAGUACAAUUUGUGUAAACUCAUCCGGUGUACACGCUUAUUGAUUCCAUUCGGAUUACUGUUAGUGCUGUUUGGGUUGUUGAUUAGCUAACGUAGCUAGAUUAGUGCAGACGUUUCUUGAUCUUUAUUUAUUUAGUAUUAUUUUUGUGUACUCGAUUGACAUUGUAAUGCAUUGUUAGGAGCAGUAACAUAAGCAUUACGCGGUUCCCGCUAUAACAUCUGCUAAAUUGUGUAUGCGACCAAUACACUUGGAUUUGAUAAAGAUAGAUUGAAAGUACCAGAUCUUACCCUGUUGUUGGGCUCUAGUUGAACAAUUUGUACAGGCCCAGGCGGCAUGGCUGCGUUAAUUCCUUGCUUGGCUUAUCUAUUAAAAAGUGAGGUUCGUUCUCUUCACAAUUACAAUACUUGUUGUGGUACUAUAGCUUUGUCUAGAAACUGAUUUAAUUGAACAAAACUAUUUCCAAAUAGGACCGUUGUUCUUCAGUUGACCUGCCCGGAAUGGAGGUAUUUUACUUCCGGAAACACAUCUAAGCAUUGUGGGAUUUGCAGUUCUACUACCAGGUCGCUAUGGAAAUAAAGUGACAACAUCCAACUCAGCACUGUUCUCUGUCACAUCAUCUUCCUGAAGGCACAACAACAACAAGUGCCUUGAGACAAUCCAUGAGAGAAAGAGUGCAAGAUACUAAGGCUUGUCAAUAUGACACAUCUCUUAGGACGUCAGGACUGCGUUGAAAGUCUCCGGAGAGAUUUAAUAGAUCUUCAAGGUGCUGUUCUCGAUGUCUUCUCUCGGACAGGCCCAGUUCGAUUCCCCUCCUGGAAGUUCCCAGAUAAGCUUUCUUGCAAUCUGGACCUGGUGUCGCUAUUGGAACAAUACGACUUUGUUGAUGGGGAAGAGGAAUUCAAUCAGCAUUCACAUAUUGUUUUGCUGGAGUUGGUGAUUGACAGAUUGCUGCUCCUGCUGCAAAGUUUCAAUGCCCAUGCAGAGCAGUUGAAGUUAGGACAGAAGAGAGAACACAUUCAACAAAAAGGUCCAUGUGUAUCAAUUGGCCUUGUAGUAAGACACUAUUGGAAUAACUUGAUCCAGGUUGGCAACCUGAGGGCGUGCAUGAAGCAAGAUAUUCAAGAAGUGAUCAAAACUCCAAAAUGUGAGGAAAAUACAACUUUUUCUUCAGAAUUCUCACUUCUGAACACAAAAAGUGAUCUUUGUCCACAGUCUCCAUCAAUAGUGUCUCAGCACUGUACCUCAAGAACAGCAGCAAGCACUCCAUUGUGUCCUCCACAGAAAAUAUUAAAUGGCUCCCUCUCCUGUCCCACUCACAGAACAGCAAGCAGCAUCCCCUCCUGCCUUGCCCUUAUAUCCACGGACACUCGUAAUGUAAGUUGCCAGACAGUAGUGUCAUCCCUUGUCCCCUGUGAUGCCUGUGCUCAGGUCCAGUCCAGUUUGAGGGAGACUGGUGAUGCUCUUGUGGAGCUGUGUCGGAGUGAGGGCCUUCCCUCCUCUCUGCAGCGCCUUCUGGUGGCUGUGGAUGACACCCUGGAGCAGGGCCGUCUGACUGCAGGAGAUGUGUCCCAGUGGUCCAUAGAGCAGCGCAGGGACAUGGGCCGGGUGGGUAAGCAUCUGCUGGAGGUGCGGUCCACAGUGCAGCCUCUCAGAAACAGCCUUCAGGCAGCGGAAAGGGAACGGGAGGAGUUCAGGGCUCAGCUGGGUAGAGCACAAGAGGAACUGAAGUGUGAAAGGGCAACACACCAAGCCGGCAAAAAACAGCUGGAGCAAAAACUGCAGGAGGCCCAGGUAUCCAGGGAGGAGACAGAGAGGAGACUGCAGGAAGAACACGAGGAGCUAAGGAGAGGCACUGUGUCCCUGGAGGAUAGCAACUCCAAACUGAAGGCAGGGAUUAGUUUGCAAAAAGAAAGGUUACACAAACUUGAGUGUGAGAGAGAUGAGCUACAUCAGCAAGUGAAGUCCAUGCAGGCAGAGGAAGUGGCACGGAGUAAAUUAGAGGAGAAGACACAAGUGCUGGAGGCUCAACUGUCCACUACUCAGCUCUUACUUGACAAGGAGAAAUCCAAGUACCAGAAUGCUUGUCGCCAACAGGAGUCACUGCAGGCCAAGCAGAGGUCUCUGCUGGAGCGAGUGGAUGCUCUGGACCAGGAGUGUGAGGAGCUUCAGGAACAGUUGGGGAAGAGUGAGGACCGACAGACAGACCUACAAGAACGACUGACACACAUCUCAGAGGAGAAGGACCAACUUGAAACCCAGCUCACCCAAGAACAGGCCUUGUGUUCUGAGCUUCAGCAGGAGAAGCAGAGACUGGAGAGUCACGUGAGUGAGCUGAAAGACAGUGUGAAUCAGUUGAGAGGAGAGGUGCAGGAGUUAGCCCAGAGGGAGAGGCUGCUGGUGGCGUUCCCGGAGCUCAACCCCCUGCCUCAGGGAUCUCCACAGAGCACAGGGGAUGUGUUGGGGGAUAUGGAGCAACAGUUACAGGCUAACUAUGUUCGGAUUAGGGUUCUGGAGCAGGAGAAUAGCACCCUGCACAGUAGCCUGGUGAAACUGAGGGAUAGAGCCCAACUAGGGGCCUCCAUGGUGGAGUCCAAGAUUACCUGCCCCAGCAGCUGUGGAUUCACCCAGUCUCUGCCUGACACACCCAGCGAGAGCCAGCUAAAACCCACCCCCUAUGUACAACACAGCCCUUUUCAGACCUCCAGUGCAGGAUUGUCGAAACAUGGAGUGAGGAAGAAGGGAGCAGAUGAAGGGGCCGUCCCUAUGGAGAUGAGGCCUCGGGAUCACUUGUCGACCGCUACCUCGUCACUCUCUGCCACCUCCAUUACAUCUCUGGUGCACCAGCAGACCCUCCGGCUCUCCCCAGACACCAGUGCAGCCAGAACCUACACAAGGAUACGCCAGGCAUCCAGAACCCACUCUGUUUGCAUGCACCAGAGGAAGAAGUGAAUCCAGCACUUGGUGAUCAACCUCAUGGUGACAAUUUUUGGAGCAUAACAAUGCUCAAAGAGGUGGGGGCUGAAAGAGGCUGUUGUUUAAAGUGUAUGUCAGGCAUCUCCAUAAGGAGACUGUGAUAAGACACAGAUGAUUUGGGCAGAGAAACAAUACAGCUAAGCUGUAGAGUUCAGGAUCUUUGUCAACAUUGAUCUGGCUUGAAGUCACUAUUCAUCUGAAUACUAAUUUGCAAUCAUACACAAUACAACUGUGGUGUCAUGUUUUUUAUUUCUUGAAAUGUUGUAUUAAUCAUUUUUCUGCACUGAAUCCAGUGUUGGGGAGUAGUGCAUUUUGUAGUAGCUUGGUGGUAGUUGAACUAAAUUCUAAUCUUGGUAGUGUUUUAAGUAGUAUUUAACUUUGUCCCCCAUGUAGCGGUGUAGCUAACUACUGGAACUACCCACAACUUUUUAGCAAAAAUAAUCUAUGGGUGAAGUAGACAAUUUUCUACUUUUUCAGCAUCAGACCUUCCUAAUUCUCACUUGAAACACAGUUUGUGUUUAAUUGGCUAAAUUACAAAUUAUGUUAACAUCUGACUAGAGUGAUCUGUUCUUGCAAUUAGCAAUCUAUGACAUUAUGAUAAUUUAUCACAAAGUAGUUUGGAUGUAGUUAACUUGUAAGUGAGGACUUGGUGGACUGUAUAUUCUUUAGGUUAGGUUUUACUUUAUGUGUUCGUUACCGUGUGAAGGUAAGGGCACAGAUGACAGACAGGUAGGAUUGCAGUUGAGGUGGUUAAAUAACGCUGAAGAUGCACAGGCACGAAACUGCACCGCACAGUGUAUGUAGUAUGGAUGGGCUAAGGCACUUAGUGAUCUGGCAACUUGCUUCAACCAAAGUGUGUGUGUGUGUGGGGGGUAUGUCAACAAGGACACACACUGGCCUUGGCUAACACAUUGAAAGCUAACUGGUGGGAAGAGACAAGGAUGGCUGGAACUUUCUCUCAUUUGUCUACUCUCGGGCUGAUCUCUGAGCUGGAGAUCGCCCAGCAUGCUCUGCUCCACUUCACCGGUGGGCGGAGCUACAGCUCUGAUAUGACUAACUAACAUUACUGAUGUGAUUAACUACAAUAAUUCAGCUACUUUGAAAAAAAAUAGUUAAGUAAACUAUAUUUUUCUAAAGGAUAGCUUUAGUGUAGAUUAAUUUAUACCAUUGUGAAGUAAUUGGUAGCUUGGUAAACUAUAUUUUCAGAGUAGUUUCCCCAACACUGUUUGAAUCACACAUUUGUAUUUGCUUCUCCCAAAUGCACUUAGCACAAUUAUCCACAAGGAGGUAGUGAAACAGUUAUCUGGUUUGGAAGGUAAAGCAAUAAUAAACUGAACAUAACAAGCCCAUUAAAGCCCAUAAAUUAUUUAAACUCAUGAAUAAAGAAUGUGCUCAAGCACAACCUGCAAAAAUAAUUUUAAAUAUCUUAAAAUUGUCAGUCUAAAACAGGGAGAGGCCUCCAAGGUAAAAGACAAGUCAUGGUGACAACCUGGUGUGGCUCUGUGUGUUUACCUGAUUGGAACUCUGAUUGGGAAAAAUAUUUGCUCCGUCUGGGAUAUAUUUUUGAACGGUCAUCCAACUCGGAAUUCCAAGUCGGAAACUUGGAGCUCCGACAUUCCAACCUGAAAAUCACUGACGUCAUGAUUCGUUUUUGUUUUUUGAUUUCCCAGUUGUCUUGAAAGCACC